GAACAUUAGAUCUGAUCUGUUUUCCAAGAAACAAGAAACAGUGUUACCUUCAUUUAAAUAUGUGUGCACACCUGUGUGUUUAACAGAAAGGAGCGCGUGGCCGUGAAAAUUGUGAGGAAUAAAGAGUGUUUCCGUGAAGUAGGGAGGUCUGAGGUCGCAGUGCUGGAGGAGAUCAACAGCCUGGAUGACGACAUCACAUUUGCCUGUGUGAGGAUGCUGGACUGGUUCGAGCACGAAGGUCACGUCUGCAUCGUGUUCGAGCUGCUCGGCCUCAGCACCUUCGAGUUCCUCCGACAGAACCACUUCCUGCCGUUCAACGUGGAGCAGAUCAGACACAUGGCCUUCCAGAUCUUCAGAGCCGUCUGCUUCCUGCAUCGAAACCAGCUGACGCACACAGACCUGAAGCCAGAGAACAUCGUGUUUGUCUGCUCCGACUACGACCUGCAGUACAACGAGAUCAGGGAGUGUAAGGAGAAGACGCUAAGGAGUCUGGAUUUAAAGGUGGUGGAUUUUGGCACGGCCACAUUUGACCACCAAAAACAUGAAUCACUGGUGUCAACUCGCCACUACCGAGCUCCAGAGGUCAUCCUAGGUUUGGGCUGGAACCAGUCGUGUGACGUUUGGAGUCUGGGCUGCGUUCUCAUGGAGUUUUACCUGGGAUGCACAGUCUUCCCGACCCACGACAGUAAAGAGCAUCUGGCUAUGAUGGAGAAAAUCCUGGGGCCGAUUCCUCCCCACCUGCUGAAAGAAACCAGGUAA